UUUCCACUUUCUUUUCCCAGGAGUUUCCAGGUCUUCCAGACUAGACACUAAUUGCUCAUAAAUCCAUCCCAAUGGAAUGACCAUACAACAGCACGAUGUACACAAGAGGCCAACGCAGCAGGGUUCCCGGCGCCCCAGCCCGGCCCCAUUAUUCCCUCGCCUGCCAGCGCUUCCAUCUACUGAUCGCCGCAAACCCACCUUCCCGUCUCGGUUAAGGACCGAAAUGGAUAGUCGACGAUCUGUAACCCCAAACAGCCUAUCAACACACCCACAUGACAGCACCUGCGAUAAACAUAAGCUCUCCCCGCCCGCGCAUGGUGUUUCUCUCCGAGUGGUGUUGUUGUUUGAAACGUGGACGACCUUCCUGUUCGACGCUUUGUAUCCGAAUGAUGUGCUUGAGGAGCUAUGCGCUAUCGGGUUGCCGGUAGCGGAGAUGGCGAUGUGCCUGUCGGUGGAUAACGAACUGCAUUAA